UGUUUUUCAAGAUGGCGGCCCUCAAUGUGCUCGUGUACACCUGUAGACGGCUGCUCCGGGGGCUCCUUGCUGGCCCGAUCGCAACCAGUUGGGCGCGGCUUCCAGCUCGCGGGUUCAGGGAAGUGGUGGAGAUCCAAGAAGGCAAGACGACUAUAAUUGAAGGCCAGUUAACAGGGACUCCCAAGGAAAGCCCAAACCCCCCUAACCCCUCUGGCCAGUGCCCCAUCUGCCGGUGGAACCUGAAGCACAAGUAUGGCUACGAGGAUGUUCUGCUGCUCAGUCAGUUCAUCCGGCCCUGCGGGGGCAUGCUACCUCGGAGGAUCACAGGCCUGUGCCUGGAAGAGCAUCGCAAGAUUGAGGAGUGUGUGAAGAUGGCACACCGAGCAGGUCUGUUCCCAAAUCACAGGCCUCGGCUUCCUGAAGGAUUUGUUCCGAAGAGCAAACCCCAACUCAACCGGAGACCAAAGAUGGUUGAAGCAAAGCAAGACACCCAUCCACAGCCAGCCUCCAAGGCUGAUCCCCGACAGAAUGCAGCCGCGGAGGGUGGGAGGCCAGGUGACUUCAGCUCUGGGUGGCUGGACUGGGGGCGCAGGGCCAGAGCUGGGUCUUCACUGACACCUUGGCAGCGCCCUGGCCUCAUGCCCAUCUCCACCUGUGCCUCCCACAUGGCUAGCUGGGCCAGCUGCCAGCAACCCUGGUGGGGCAAGACAUAUUAACCUCUUCCUGUCUUUCCCACUUGUGUUCUGGACCAUUUGGGAGUUGAGCCCACCCUCCUGUCUGACUUGCAAAGAGACAGCAGCCUGCCUAAGGACACAAUCCAUCCUGCCCUCAGGCCUUUGAAGCAAGGCCAGGCUCCCUCCCAUAUAUCCGGUGUCCUUUAACGUGACACAGGAUUGAUGAUGUGUGGGGGCUCUUGGGUUGCAAAAGGCCACUCUAGGGGGAGGGGGAGUCCUGGCUAGGAAGAGCGUGAUUCUCUUGCAACAAGGGACUUGAUGAUUCCAUCCAGAGGGCCUUGAGCUGCCUCGGACUGGCCCAGGCCCUGCUGGGCCCUAAGGAGCCACACUUCCUCCUCCUCCUGCCCCUUCAGGAGAGGUACGAAGGAACCUUGGUUUUUCCUAGAGGUGGAGUGUUCCCCAGAGAGCUAACUGAAGGCCACUCAGGCCAC